GAAGCGGAAAUGCGUGUGCGGUAUUAAAGGCGUCGUCCCGCCCCCUCCCAACUUCUUUAGGUCUCAGGUCGCCGCUGCGAGAAGAGCCGCCGCCAUGUCUGCGCAUCUGCAAUGGAUGGUCGUGCGGAACUGCUCCAGUUUCCUGAUCAAGAGGAAUAAGCAGACCUACAGUACGGAGCCCAAUAACUUGAAGGCCCGCAAUUCCUUCCGCUACAACGGGCUGAUUCACCGCAAGACCGUGGGCGUGGAGCCGGCAGCCGACGGCAAAGGGGUCGUGGUGGUCAUUAAGCGGAGAUCCGGCCAGCGGAAGCCUGCCACCUCCUAUGUGCGGACCACCAUCAACAAGAACGCUCGCGCCACGCUCAGCAGCAUCAGACACAUGAUCCGCAAGAACAAGUACCGCCCCGACCUGCGCAUGGCAGCCAUCCGCAGGGCCAGCGCCAUCCUGCGCAGCCAGAAGCCUGUGAUGGUGAAGAGGAAGCGGACCCGCCCCACCAAGAGCUCCUGAGCCCCCUGCCCCCAAAGCAAUAAAGAGUCAGCUGGCUUUCUCACCUA